AUGGAUGAAGAUCAGAAGAAAAAUAUUGCCACGCAGCUUCGAGAUAUCCUCGCUCGGAUGAGGUCCCAUCAGUCUGACACUGGCCGGAUUGAGAGUUGCAAUGGCGGCCCUGUACGUGACCUCCGCUAUAUCAAGGACUACAUUGGAGGCCCGUUCCCGGACGAGACCAGCUUCAAUGACUUCCUUCUUGACCUAUAUGAUACCACGCCAAUAGAGCUCAACAUCAUCGUCAACGACAACAAUGAGAUCCAGGCUCUGGUUGAUCUGGAAUACGGAGGAUGGUAUCCUGAGUACUGGGAAUAUGUCAGAUUUAUGAACCACGCUGGCGGCAAAUACAGCGCGGACUGGAAACGCUACGCGGGUUACAUAUUUUCCGACCAGUACCAUGAUGAGCUCCAUGCUUACCGAGCACUUAGGGAUUACCGAAGCCCAUGA